GCAGCAUGGCUGCCCACAUUCGUGCUCUGAGCCUGUGGCGCCGCGUCACUUUCACAAAGUUAUCAGGGGGCGUGAGGAGCUGUUCGACACCGUCAGGCACUCAGGUCCACGAACACUUUACAUCCAAAACGGUACGACGGAUGUUUAUCGAUUUUUUCAAGGAGAAGCACCAGCACCGGGCUGUGCCAUCCUCACCUGUGCGCCCGAGGGGCGACCCAAGUCUUCUGUUUGUAAACGCGGGAAUGAAUCAGUUUAAGCCAAUCUUACUGGGUUGUGCGGAUCCGCGUAGCGAAAUGGCUUCUUACCGGCGCGCGGUGAACAGUCAGAAGUGCGUGCGCGCCGGAGGUAAACACAACGACCUCGAGGACGUCGGCAGGGACGUGUACCAUCACACCUUCUUCGAGAUGCUGGGAAACUGGUCGUUUGGCGACUACUUCAAGGUGGAAGCUUGUGCGAUGGCCUGGCAUUUAUUAACGGAGGUGUACAGAAUUCCUGCCGAGCGCCUGUACGUCUCGUACUUCUCGGGCGACGCAGCGAAUGGCCUGCCUGCCGAUGAGGAGACGCGACAGAUCUGGCUCAGCCUGGGAGUCAGUCCGGAUCAUGUGCUCCCUUUUGGAAUGAUGGAUAACUUCUGGGAGAUGGGUGAGACGGGACCGUGUGGCCCCUGCACUGAAAUCCACUACGACCACGUGGGCAGCCGUCACGCAGGGGCGCUCAUCAACACUGGCAGUCCAGCCGUGGUGGAGAUCUGGAAUUUGGUGUUUAUGCAGUACAGCAGGGAGGCUGACGGAGGCCUGCGUCCUCUGCCCAUGUGUAGUGUGGACACAGGAAUGGGUCUAGAGAGGCUGGUCACGGUGCUGCAGGGGAAACGCUCCAACUAUGAUACGGACCUGUUCACACCACUGUUGUCUGCCAUCCACCAGUGCAGUAAAGCCCCUACAUACAGAGGCAGGACGGGGGAGGAGGAUGAUGGUAGAGUGGACAUGGGGUACCGCGUGGUGGCUGACCACAUUCGCACUCUGUGUGUGUGCAUCGCGGACGGAGUGCAUCCUGGCAUGACCGGAGCAGAGCUGGUUUUGAGGCGUAUUCUUCGUCGAGCUGUGCGCUUCUCUACAGAGGUGCUGCAGGCUCCUGAGGGAGCACUGGCAAGCCUGGUGCCCACUGUGGCUCACAUACUGGGUGACGCCUAUCCUGAGCUGCACACUGAGAUGGACAGGAUCGUGGAGAUUAUUAAUAUAAAUGAGACUCAGUUCCUUGCCUCUCUGAGGCAGGGUAGAAGAGUGAUCGACAGGACGCUCAGUAAAAUGGACAGAGAUGAUGAGUUCCCAGCCCCUGUGGCCUGGGCUCUGCACCAUAACCUAGGCUUCCCACUGGACCUGAUCUACCUGAUGCUGGAGGAGCGCAGCGCAACGCUGGACCGGCUCGGCCUGGAGCGGCUCGCAGCUCGGCAAGAGAAGUUGCAGGGCCAGUCUGAAGGGGGCGCUGGUGAGAGAGGGCUCCACCUGGAUCUGCAGUGUUUGGCGGAGCUUCAGAGCAGAGGAGUCCCUCACACAGACGACUCAUUUAAAUACAGCUACAGUCUGCAGCAGGACGGCACCUACAUGUUUCCUGGCUGCAGUGCCACUGUGAUGGCGCUGUACUGUAACCAGUCUCUGCUGUCUGAGGUGGGGAGAGGCCAGCGCUGUGGGAUGGUGCUGGACCGAACCUGCUUCUACGCGGAGCAGGGCGGCCAGACGCACGACCAGGGCUACUUCACCAAGGACGGACUGCAGGAUGUGCUGUUCCCUGUGGAGUGUGCGCGCUUGGCUGGUGGUUAUGUGGUGCAUGAGCUCACUGCAACAGAGACUUUGCGAACUGGAGACCAAAUACAGCUUCAUGUGGAUGAGACUCGGCGUGUGGCCUGCAUGGAGAAGCACACUGCCGCACACAUGCUGAACUUUGCCCUGCGGGAGCUGCUAGGGUCAGGGGUUGCCCAGAGAGGGUCCCAUGUUACAGCGGACCGGCUCCGCUUCGACUUCAGCUCCAAGUCUUCUCUGAGUGUAUCCCAGCUUCAGGAAGUGGAGAGGCUGAUCCAAAGAAUUAUUAAAGAAAACCACGUGGUACACACGCAGGAAGUCCCUCUAGCCCGAGCAAAUGAGAUUGCAGGACUGAGGACUGUGGAUGAGGUGUAUCCAGACCCGGUGCGAGUCGUGUCCGUGGGCCUGCCGGUUUCAGAACUGCUCCAUGAUCACACACCCAGACGAGUUUCUGUGGAGCUCUGCUGUGGCACGCACUUGCUACGGACAGGAGGUAUCCGGCACCUCGUUAUCACUUCUGAGCGGCAGAUGGUCAAGGGCAUCAGUCGCAUCGUUGCAGUUACUGGCGAUGACGCCAAACAGGCACGGGAGGCGGGGCAAGCUCUCCUGGAGGAGGUGGAGUCUCUGACUGCGCGCAUUGCAGCUGACCGCGCCCCUUCAUUACAGCGUGCUCAGAGGCUCUCUAAAGAGGUCGGCCUGCUUACGGACGCUGUUGAGGGUACUCCUAUUCCACAGUGGCAGAGGAGAGAGCUGCAGACAGGACUGAAAGCUUUACAGAGGAGGACCAACACUACCAUCAGAAAACUAGAAAUCAGAGAGGCUGCAGCCAAAGCUCAUGAGUUGUUGAAGAGACACUUGAAUAAAACAGUGCUGGUGGACACACUGGAGACUGACUCCAAAUCAGUAGUGAUGAAGACGGUGAACCAGCUCGGUGAACAAGCGCCACACGCUCUCAUCAUGCUCCUCUCUCACCUACAGCCGUCAGGAAGAGUGCUGUGUGCCUGCCAGGUGCCCAAGGGUCAGACGGCUGUGUCUGCGAGUGAGUGGGCCCUGGCUGUCUGUGGCCGUCUGCGGGGGAGUGCGGGGGGCUCAGCCACCGUGGCUAAAGGGGUCGGCACGGCGACAGACGUCGCCCACCUGCAGGAGACCCUGCGCUGGGCUGAGGAGUUUGCCCACAGCAAACGGCAACACGCACUUCACACUCAGUGAGGCUCUGUUUGCACACGGACAGAGCUCAACGUGAGUCUGACCCUCACAACAAGUUCACACACUCACACCCACAGAACUGAAAGCCCUGAACAGAUCUUGAAACCCUGAACUUGGAAGACCCCACACAAUAAAUCUUACCACCCUGAAUUGCUUGUGGACGAAUGUGGCUCAUGGACUGCAAUAGCUUUUAACAGCUUCAGUUGUUAACGUGACUAUGUAAACAAAAUUGACUAUAAUGUAAAUUAUUUAAAUUCUGUGUUGAAAUUCGAUUUAUGUUGACGUCUGACAUGGAAACCCUCAUCUUUCAUCUUAUUCCUUUGUUUUAAAAGGAGUCUUGCACUGUAGUAUAUAUCCAAUUAAACUAUUUUCUUAUGUU